AUGUCCUCCUCAAUGGUGCCCACCGUUGUGGAUGUACUCGUCGUCGGUGCUGGAUUGAGCGGGCUCCGGGCAGCUCUGACUGUCCAGGCAGCUGGAUUGUCCUGUGCAGCCAUCGAAGCAACUGAUCGUGUAGAAGGAAAGACACUCACUGUAUCAUCUAAACUAAGUGACCCAGGGGUCAAUGACGUUGGCGCCGCCUGGAUCAAUGACACCUCCCAAAGUGAGAUGUACAAACUCCUCCGACGAUACGGCCUCCAAGGAGAAUUCCAGAUUGUUAAAGGACAAGAUAUCUACCUGCAUCCAGAUGGAGCUAUGAUGUCUCCCCAUGGGGAACUGCUGGUCUCCCGGAACGACAAGGCAGUAUUGUCUGAGGCCUUCAUAAGUAUUCGGCGGCUCAUUUUAAAUACCAACUUAAAAGAUCCAGUCUCGAGCCUCGGUGGAAAGGAGCUGGACCAACUGACAUUGCAAGACUACUGUAUUCGGACGUUUCAAUCCGAGUUUAUUACUGAGGUCUUCAACACAAUUAGCCAGUCUCUGUUAGGUCUUGACAGUGAUGAGAUUAGUAUGUUGAGCUUUGUUCACUAUUGCAAAUCGGGUACCGGAAUCGAUGCUUUGAUCUCGGAUGGCAAGGAUGAAGCUCAAUAUCUCAGACUCAGACAGGGUGCUCAGUCAUUUUCCACGAAUAUGGCGAAGGAGCUGAUCACUGAAAUUAAGCAGUCUCCGACCAGUGGCCUAUACACAGUGGUAUCCAAAAGGGGCAGGCUUUUUAGUGGAAAAAAGGUCAUUCUCACUAAUGCCUCACCGCUGUACCCAACAAUUCGCUUUGACCCUCCGCUCCCUGAGUCGAAGCAACGUCUUGCUAAAAAGAAUAUGCUUGGUUACUAUAGCAAGAUCAUCUUUAUUUUGAUACGCCGUGCCCGUGAUGGCCCAAUCCUAUUCUGUGUGCACACCAGUAUUACUGAUGAUGCUCAGUGGUCGAUCAGCUGCUUUAUGGUUGGUCAGCGCGGGCGCAAAUGGUCUCAGUUAUCAGAGACAGAUAGACGUCGCUCCGCUUGGGAGCAACUCUGUACCGCAUUUCGGAAUUACUUCCACGGUGGUCCUUGCCCUGUGGCUCCACCAGGCCUUCUGUCUUCGAUUGACGGCUCUGCCUCCCGGACACCAUUCGGAAGCGUGCAUUUUGUGGACACGGAAACUGCAUUGGAAUGGAAGGGAUACAUGGAAAGGGCAGUUCGUUCCGGUGAUAGGGGCGCUAGUGAGGUUAUCACGGCGCUUCAGUGGGAGUCCAAGUUCUGA